AUGGGUUUGGUGAACUUGGUGAUCUCCACAAUAGGGAAAUGCUUGGACGCCGUCUGCGUACUUUUGGACCUGAACUUCCUCGUCGUCCACAGCGUGGUGCGGGCUAUCCUGGCGGUCAUCACCUUCAUCCACAACCUGCCCACCCUGCUGGUCAACACGCUGGUCCAGCUGGGCAACCUGGUGGUGUUUUUCACCAUCUCCCUGGCGGAGGCAGCGUCGGGCCUAGCCCACAGCACGGCCACGGUGUGCGGGGGUGGGGUCCUGGCCCUGGAGGGGCUGCUGGAGAGCCUGAAGAUGAUGGGCUACCUGUCCAUGCACGUGCUGCUGCGGGGGAAGGAGCACGUGUGCCGGGGCCUGGUGUCGGUGCUGGAGGGCUGCGGGAUAGCGGUCAGCCUGGUGGUCUACUUCACCAACACGGUGGUGAACUUCGCCCUCAUCGCCACGCAGAACGUGUACCUGGCGGCGGUCGGGGUGUGGCAGACGGUGUCCAGUCCCCUGCAGAAGGUGCUGGAGCUCACCCUGACCGCGCUGACCUUCCUGUACAGCUGCCUGGCCGGGACCUCGGCUCUGCUGUGGUCGCCCUGCAAACUGGCCCUGGACUUCCUGGUCUCCCUGGUGCACAUGUUCGUCAGCAUUUUCAUCCUGAACGUCUACGGCCUCCUGCUCACCGUCACCAUCACCCUCACCACCACCGCCUAUCUGAACCCGGGGCUGACCCGCCGGGCGGCCCUGCGCGUUGUGGACUACGUGCGCUCCUUUCAGGCCGUGCAGAGGGCGUGUCUGUCUCUGGGCCGUCUUGCGUCGGCCCUGUCGAGCAUCGGGCAUUUUCUGUGUCGCAACCUGCAGAACCUGCACAGGACCCUUCGCUACCUCUCCCUCCCAGAGAGAGGACUCUGGCGGCAGCUGUCUGACCACAGCGGCCAGCUGGGCGUGGCGCUGCGGACCCAGUUCCACCGGGACAACCCCGGCAGAGUGAGAGGGGACGGGGACCCCGGAGAGGAGAGGCGGGACCCGCCGGACGGAAGGGCUGGAGAUGGAGCCCACCAGGAGCUGCAGGAUUUGGUUUUCCCUUCCUCAAGCACAGACCGGCCGCUAAAGAAGCUGAAGAAGCCGGCGUCUUCGGGCAAAGAGGGCAAACCUCUGCCCGCCGAGAAUCUGCUCACUCUGCUGAAGGAGCAGGAGGAGAGGAAGAAGUGUGUGAUCUGUCAGGACUGUACCAAGACGGUGGUGCUCCUGCCCUGCAGACACCUUUGCCUGUGCAGAGACUGUACAAACAUCCUUUUGAAGCAGCCCAUAUACCAACAGAACUGCCCUCUCUGCCGGCACAUGAUCCUCAACACGAUGGACGUCUAUCUAUGA